ACAGCAGUUGCGCGGAGACCCUCUUGAAAACCCCGUUGAAAUUGCCCGGAAUUCCGAAAAUUUUUAACCACAAAGUGUAAAAUGCUGUGGGCGUGGAUGCAUCGGAGUGGCAGUUAGUUCCUAAAUUCGGUUUACAAGAUUUCGAUACUCCCAAGCUUUACACCCCAUUCCGGCUCGGUUUUCGGUUUGGGUGCUCUAGUUUUCCGAACGAUAAGAUAAGGGAGUGCAGUUCGAAGGGGAAAUACGAGCAGCUAUAAUUCAACAGACAUGAGGAUCGUUUCGGUUCUGGUUCCCCUGCUCUUGGGGAUCAUCUCCUCCUGCGGAGCAGUCAAUUGCCCCUGGCCCUGCCGCUGCACUUGGGUUGUGGACAGUCUGUAUGCCGACUGCUCGAGGAGGAGUCUCUCGACCUACCCGAACUUCGACGGCAUUCCCGUGGAGCACCUGGAUCUGUCGGGAAACCUGUUUGGGGAGUUUCCCACCCAGUACGCGGACAUAGACUCACUGAUCUACCUGGAUCUGUCCGACAACCAGAUCUCCGCCAUUGGUAGUAAGACCCUGAUAGGGUUCACGUCUCUGAGGACUCUGCUGCUGGCCAACAACUCCAUAGAUUCGUGGGAGGCCCUGAGUCCCAACGAGGCCUUCAAGUACGCCCCCAGUCUGAAGCGCUUGGGUCUCGAUGGCAACCGGUUGGGCAGUUUUGGCAACGGCGAGAGCUUCGAGAUGCUGACCAGUUCGUCCCUGACUGAACUAGAGCUAUCUUCCUGCGAAAUAACCACCAUCGGCGGGGACCAGUUGAUCAAUCAGCUGCCGGGUUUGGAGCGCCUUAGCCUGGCCAACAAUAAACUGGCCCAAAUUGCGGCUCUACCUUCGAGAACCCUCAGAGCCCUCGACUUGAGCAACUGCAGCAUUAGGGAGCUGUCCGGAUUCUUCCUCGAGGCGCUGCAAAACCUUGAGCACCUUAACUUGUCCCGAAACACGCAACUUCAGUUUGACAGCCUAUCGGAGGACCCCAUUCUGACCUACGAGUUGCGCAGGCUGGAUGUCUCCUACUGCAACUUAGAUUCCAUAGAACUCAGUGGACUGCCCCAACUGACAGAGCUCCGGUUGCGGGGAAACCUCCUGAGAGUUGUGGAUGCCACCACCUUCGCCAACAACACCAUGCUGGAGAUACUGGACCUCUCACAGAACGUCCUCCGACUCGUCGGCCAAGAUGCCUUCGCCAGCCUGAAGCGUUUGAAGGCGCUGAAUCUGGCCUUCAAUGAGAUAGCCCGACUGGACAGGAACAUUAUACGCAACAACGAUGUGCUGGUGGAGCUCGACCUCAGUCGCAACGUGCUGCAGAAGCUGACCAAGAUUGUGUCCAACUCGGUGCGCACCAUCAACAUGAGCUGGUGUGAAAUCGCCUCUAUCGAAAGCACGGCAUUGUCGAGUCUCUCGGUCAUCCUAAAGUUGGACUUAUCCAACAAUCUUAUCAGCGACGUACCCACCUUUAUGAGAUCCGAGACGCUGCAGCAACUGAACCUAGCCAACUGCAGGCUAACUACCGUGCGCAACAACACCUUCAGAGGGUUCCCCGAGCUGGCGGACCUCCACCUGAAUGGCAACCGCCUGACCAGCCCCAUUCCGCCCUACUACUUCGGGGGCAACAAGUUCCUGGAUCAGUUGUGGUUGGGCGACAAUCCCUGGAUCUGCGACUGCCACAGCCCGCUCUUCCUGGAGUUCUACGACUUUCUAACAUCUAAGCCAGCUAAGAUAAAAGAUAAGAACCACCUGCGUUGUGCGGCCCCUGCUGUUUUCUAUGGAAAACUUUGGGAGUUUGCCUGUGCGGAUGUGUGGAUUCUAAAUGCCAGGAGCAGCAGCAAUGGCGAGAAGGCCUGGUCCGUCAUAAUGAUUACCCUCCUUGGCCUGGGUGCCCUUGUCAUGGGCUACGCCUGCCUGCAAAAGUUCUUGAGGAAGCGAAAGAUCCGGCAGAGUGACAGGGAGAUCGAGGAGAACGAAGAUGAACUGCGGCGCAUCCGCGACCUAAACGACCGCAUUCUGCUGGAGGACGCCACUCCAAGCCUGCACCAUACCCAAGAGAUCAGCCUGCUGCCUUCCUACGAAGAUGCCCUGCGCAUGCCCAAGUUGGUCAGGCCGGUCAAGUCAAUGAUGGACCUCUCGGGUCCAGAAAGGACCCGCAACUCCCGCAAGCUGAGAAGGUCGCAAACCCAUGCCGAGGGCGAGGGAUCCCAGUCGGAGGCGGAGGACGGACUGCAGCUGGACUCUCGCCAGCGCUUCCGCAGCGUGGAGAUGCUCUCGAACCGGGACAAGGAGAGAACCGCCCAGUACGGGCCUUAUAGGCGAACUGGGUACAUGGAGUACAACCAGUCGGGCAGCCGCCGCUUCAGCAUCGAGGACUCCCGCUUCCCGGCAGCCCACCUGAAGACCCAGAACCUGCAGAGUGCCGAGCAGAUCGGUAACUUCCAGAGCUACGAAAACAGCCCCUAUACGAAGCGCAGGCCGAAAAUCGCCGAGAUUCCGCCCUUCAAGAGGGUGAAUAUGAUGGCCGACAGCGUGGAGUUCCUCACCGAUCCGGAGUACGACGACGUGGGCAGCAAGCACGGCAGUCCCUUUGCGAAAAGGAAGCCCAAGACCCCGGCACUACCGCCGCCCACCAUGAAGGUCAGCGCCCAGGUGUACACACUGCAACAGAGUCCCGUCUUGGAACUGGAUCCCGCCAUCGAGGACUACUUUAGUGCGGCCAAGAAGCAGCCCUCCUCGUCCACCAUCGCCAGCGACUUCCAGGAGCUGGAAGAGCCGGAACUCAGGUCCCUGCCGGACGACAAUCGAUCAAGUGUCUCUCGUUCAGACAUGGAACAGGACUUGGAGCGCGGAAAGCGCAAGAAGAGGAAGAACUCGGCCAGUCGCCGGGUGAGCGGUAGCUUCACGGCUGCCAACGCCGCCGAAAGCUCCUCCAGCGACUCCGAGCGCAACGCCCUGGUCCACAAGCCCAUGCGAGAGACUUUAUUUUAGGCCCAUACAGCACAAACCAUAUUGUUAGCCAUUCCCAGCCUGUUCCCAUAUCCAUAAGACUAUUUAAAUGCACCCCUAAAUAUACCGACAUUUUCGAGA